CCCAUACAAUAAAAACUAUUAAAGUCACUCAUUAUUAUGACUUUGGUGGUGUGUUUAUUUUCGCAUUUUUUAAUGAUUGUUUGAUAAAUAUCGUUUUAACUAAUUCAUGAUGAAAUGUAAUGAAUUCGAAAAGAGUAAAUCCCGUCAUCACAUGAAUUUGGACAACUUGGACAAAGCGUUGCAUGACCUGGGAAUGCUGAGUGCCAUCACUGAAGCUCGUCGUGAGUACUUGCGGGAAACAAAAGCAAAUUUCGGAGUAAUGCGGUUCAACACGCGCUAUGUAUCGAACGUCACCGUGGGGUAUUGUAUGAAACGAGCCCCAAAUAAAAACAGGCUUUGCCCUUAUGUUUUGCCAAUUAGGCAUAGAACUAAGAGUGAAAACUCUGACGUGGUCGGUUGUGAUGUGAGCGACGCGGCAUGCGAUUAUAAAAACAGUUUGUUGGAACCGUCCACCAGUGGCUACACAGCUCAAGAUUAUACCAAGAGCCCUGCUAAACGUUGUCAGUCACUAGAAAACCUUAAUAUUACUGUAGAACCUCAGUCCAGUCCUGAGAUCUCACCGGAAAUGGAUUGUGUGUCAACUAGGAUCCAGAAAUUACAGGUGGAUGAAUGACACUGUAGUUGAACACACAACUCUUCUGAAGUCGCGACGUCAUGCAGUGUGUGUGAAUGAUAGAUUGUAGCUGUAGUAUUCAAGUGAUUUGAAUGUUAUUAAUGUAUUUAAAGAGUAUUUGUAUCAAUGAGAGCAGGCCCUCUUACGCUUAUAACUUGCAAAUAUACCAUAAGUAUUUUUUACUUAAAAAUUGAGGAUAUUAACUACAGUGUUUAUUUUUCGCUACAACAUAAGGUCAUUUGUGAACUUAGCGAUAUGUACAAAUAUUUAUCUUAUAUCACUCAAAUUAUUUACACUGAUGAAAGGUCAUAUUUUCAUCAUUUUUGUUUCUAAUCUUUUAAAUAAGAGAACAAAAAAGAAAUAAAAUGAUCCUAUUUAAAUCUGUACUAUGUUUUAACCAGAACCAAUUAACACAAGGUAUAAUAACUCCUAUCCACACUGUAUGGGAGUGGAGGUGGAGCAUCAAAUAUGAAGCAAAUAUAUUAAAUGCUUACUGCAUUUUUCUAAUUUUCCCAUAGAAACAUAAUAUUUUUGUUAAGCAAACUUCAUGACAAAACCAUUUAAAUAUUUGUACAGACCUUCUUCAUCAUGUGUAGCAGUUACUUACAACAUAUAAAGUUUUAUAAGCUAUGUUUAAAUAACCUAUGUUUGAUCACACAUAAUUGAGUAAGACUGCUUGUUUGUAUGUUUAUUGCCUGGAUUGCCAAUUAAACUUAACAUCCAGUCAACUUAAUCCAGUUAAGCAAUAAUAGGUAUUGAUACAAAUAACAGUGAAUAACGAAUGCUAUGUGAAUUAAUCCCAAGAUCCCAAGCUGAGCAGUAAAGGGUACAAAUUGGGACCAUGCAAAGAUGAGCAUAGGACCUACUUUGAAUGACCAUUGUCACGUCUAUUAUUUUAUAAAACCUAUGGAAAAAUAGCCUUGUGUCUAAUUGUUUUGUUCAAAUAGUAGUCACGUUUCUCAACUUUUUUAAUUGAUCCAAACUGGGUUAGCUUUUCUGAGUAUCUACUACAGUUUAUUGCUUGUCAACUUUUUUAUUAUUGUUUAUUUUUAACUCAUGGCUAAACUAAUGGCUUUCCAGGACGCCACCAGAACAAACAAAGUCAUAGUAAGGGGGAUGUGUGUCUGAAGCUAAACAUUUUAUAGAUUGGUGUGAAUUAAUUUUGCAUGCGUGUCACUCAUCACAAAUGUCAUCAUUUAAUUUAAGCAUAUUGCUCAAAGUUGCAAUGGGUACAAAUUUUGUGAAUUUUUUGUGUCCACAAUUACUUGAUGAAUGUUAGAAGUGUUUUGUCUAUGGUUACCUAACUACCACCUAAGUGUUGUUAAGAACAAAUUUUGUUUUGUCUAAGUCACAGACGCUAUAAUUAUUGUGCAAUUGUAUUAUUAGGCCUGUACUUGUAUUAUUUAAACA